UAGUCAAUAAUGAUGGCGGCGGGGAUUCCGGCGAAAGCAAAUGCCUAGUGGAAGUCAACGAGGGCAACUGAAGUGUAAUUGGAAUGCAGCCAGUGUUUCAUGUCGAUUUGACCGCAGGAAGUGUUUAAUUUUAUUUCGAAACUCGCUACCGGUUGUAGUUUUACUUUGAACGGUAGCUUCCGUUUAGUGGGCGCGUCUCUGUGUAACUGACGACCGUCGAGCGUUACUUUUGUUUUUUUUGUACUGCAGAAAAAAUAAUUCUAAAAGGAAAAGAUCAAAAUACAACACAUCGAAGAAGAUUUAUCUGCUUAGCCGGAAACAAUAUUGCAGACUUCCGAUAGGGAAAGGCAGAGAAUCGUCGAGCAACAGCACCAUGUAAACAUUUCUUGACUUGCCACUACAGAGUCUGAAGGAAGAAUUUCUACUGGACCCGGACUGACCUCAGGACUUCCUGUUCAUUACGGCCAUCAUGUCUCUCUUCUUCUCUGGAGCGGUCACCAGUUCACCAAUAAAAAAGCGACUGAGGUCUAGCUCCGCCCACCAAAGCCUGGACGUGUCCCUCCUGUCUCCCGACUCCUCCUACAUGUGCUACUCGUCUACGGAGGGCGGCGGCCAUAGCUGCUCCUGCCGCCGCUCGCCUCGCCUCCUCACCAAUGGUUACUACGCCGUCACCGACGAAAGCUUCCUGUGGGAUGACCAUGGCAACGUGUCCUUGACGCCGUGCGCUGCCAGCGUGUCCUACAAGGAGAACAUCCAUAGAGUCUUCAAGCGCAGACGUAGACCCCGCACCUCCCUGGCUCGCCUGCUGAGUGGUGUCUCCGAGACCUGCCAGUCCUGGCUGGACCACAACGUCUUCAGGGGAGUGUUUGGGACAGGCCAGAGCCAGAGCCAGGACCUGGACCUAGACCGGGACCAGGAGGACAGAGACCAAGUCCGCGAGCCAAUUGGAGACUGGGCCAGGAAGGAAGGCUUCACCAAGUUUGAGAAGCCGAACCGGUCCGGGCCAGUCCAUCCAGAACCAGACGACGGCUGCAGCUUCUUCACUUACGACCCCACAGAAGCACCAACCCCUUCUGACAAGUUCGACACGCCACCCAAGCAGAUCAUCCAGGAGGAGAUUUGCUCUGAAAUCUGUCAAUCAAAGGAGCGCUUCACUCAGUCAAUAGGUGGACUCUCUGAAGUCCCACCUCCUUCGGUCUUGUACACCAAUGGCUGUCUUCAGGCUGCAUCUGAACCCACAGAGAUGAAGACUCUUAUCAUCUUGAUGUUGUCCAUAUUGGUCUUGUGGAGUUGUCUCCUAUGGCGCGCAGGUGUGACGGCGGCCAUGACGGCGGCCGUGAUGGUGUGCACGAUGCUGUUGGCGCGCAUGUUUAUCAGCAGGUCUGGUCCGAUGGGUGGGUGGAGGCGUGCCAAGACAGAGGACAUCACAUCACGGAACGAGUGACCCACACACACACACACACCCGCACCACGUGUGGCCACCACUAGAGGGUGCUGUUGUGAGAGAUCCACUGACGUUUUUCAAUGCAAUUUUUUUCCAAUAGAAACGUUUUUCAAAAAAGGAUUUUGACUUCAUUGAUAAGUCCAGAGUCAGUCCAGAGACAACAUGCAUGUUGUUUCCACAGCAACCAACCAACACACAAGAAUGCUGAAGGACACACAGUCAUAAAGAAGGCGAAUGCAUUCUAGCAAUACUAUAGCAACAUUUAGCAGUACUGUAAUGAGUAUAAUGAAUAUGAAUAUCUCACUUAUUCAGAUAGCAUAUUUGAUUCAUGUGAAACAUGAAAGCUUCAUUUUAGUGCUUUUCUUCACAUUUGCACCCUAUUCAACUUUGAAAUGAGAGUACUUCUCUUAAAAGCUUUUUGCACGAUUUUUAAUAUAAUUAAAUAAAUGACUAAUAUUUUAAAUAAUGUUUCAAAUGAAUGACAUAUGCUAUAAUGUCUUUUCGCACUUAACACAUUCAUCUUACUGCUUUUAUACUUUUAUAAUUUUGUUUUAAAAUCACAAUUCUGUUAUUUGUACUUUAUUUAUUUAUCUAGAGUUCUUUAUUUGCAUUAACCUUUUAAACCUGACACCAUGUUUAUGAAAAAUUAAAGUGUUUUUCACUGCGUCUACAC